CGCCGCCGCCGCCCCCUCCCCUCCCGCGGCCUCGCCUGCCCACGGCCCGGCCCCCUCCUCAGCCGCCGCGCCGGAGCCGCGCCCCGGAGGAUGCGACGCGCCUCAGUGUUCUAAGAACGGAAGCGUCUGGGCUGGAUGGAAUUUAGCAUCAAAAAAAGUCCUCUUUCUGUUCAGAAGGUUGUGAAGUGCGUAAAGAUGAAGCAGGCACCAGAAAUCCUCGGUGGUGCGAACGGGAAGACCCAGAACUGUGAGGUGAAUCGCGACUGCUCCGUGUUCCUCGGCAGAGCCCAGCUUUCCGGCGGCAUCCAGGAGGGGGUCAUGCAGAAGUUCAACGGCCGCGACGCGCUCCCUUUUAUCCCAGCGGAGAAGCUGAAAGAUCUUACUUCCCGUGUGUUCAAUGGAGAGCCUGGUGCCCAUGAUGCCAAGUUGCGUUUCGAAUCCCAGGAAAUGAAAGGAAUUGGGACACCUCCUAAUACUACCCCUAUCAAAAAUGGCUCUCCAGAAAUUAAGCUGAAAAUCACCAAAACAUACAUGAAUGGAAAGCCUCUCUUUGAAUCUUCCAUUUGUGGUGACGGCGCUGCUGAUGUGUCCCAGCCAGAAGAAAAUGGACAAAAGUCAGAAAACACGGCAAGAAGGAGCAGGAAGAGGAGCAUAAAAUACGACUCCUUACUGGAGCAGGGCCUUGUUGAAGCUGCUCUGGUGUCCAAGAGCUCCAGCCCUUCAGAUAAAAAGGUUCCAGUUAAGAAAGAGCCCUGUAGCAGCACUGACAGAGACAAAGAUCACCUGUUGAAGUAUAAUGUUGGUGAUUUGGUGUGGUCCAAGGUGUCUGGUUACCCUUGGUGGCCAUGCAUGGUUUCUGCUGACCCACUGCUUCACAACUAUACCAAACUUAAAGGUCAGAAGAAGAGUGCACGCCAGUACCAUGUGCAGUUCUUUGGUGACGCCCCGGAAAGGGCGUGGAUAUUUGAGAAGAGCCUGGUGGCUUUUCAAGGAGAAGAACAGUUUGAGAAAUUAUGCCAGGAAAGUGCCAAGCAGGCACCUACAAAAGCUGAGAAAAUUAAGCUCUUGAAGCCCAUUUCAGGGAAACUGAGGGCCCAGUGGCAGAUGGGCAUUGUUCAAGCAGAAGAGGCAGCAGGCAUGUCGGUCGAGGAGCGGAAAGCCAAGUUCACCUUCGUCUAUGUGGGGGACCAGCUUCAUCUCAACCCCCGAGUGGCUGAGGAGGCUGGCGUUGCUGUGGUGUGUCCGGGAGAAGCGGCGGCGUCCUCGGGAGUCAGGGAGGAGGCUGCUGAGAGCCCGCUGUGUGAGAGAGAGGAGGGCGUUCCCACGAAGAGGAGGCGGAGAGCCAAACUCUGUGUCUCUGCUGAGAACCGGGAGAGUGACCCUGGCUCAGUGAAGACCGUGGAGGCCGACCCCAAAAGAGGAGUGGGGUCUCCUGCUGGGAGGAAGAAGGCCUCGGCCUCCGCCCCACGCGGCAGGAAGGGCGAUGCAGCGUCCCAGUUCCUGGUCUUCUGUCAGAAGCACAGGGAUGAGGUUGUCGCUGAGCACCCUGACGCCUCAGGAGAGGAGAUCGAAGAGCUGCUUGGCUCCCAGUGGAACAUGCUCAAUGAGAAGCAGAAGGCGCGCUACAAUACCAAGUUUGCCCUUGUGACUUCUGCACAGUGUGAAGACGACUCGGGUACCUUAAAUGGGAAAAAACGAACCCACACAAAGAGGACCCCGGACCCUCCAGAAGAAGUGGACGUGGAGGAUGCACCCAGGAAGAGACUCAGGACGGACAAGCCCGGUCUGCGGAAGAGGGACGUGCUCACUGACAAAACAACCAGAACAGGCUCGUACAAGGCCACAGAGACGACCUCCUCGCUCAAGAGCCAGGCAGCAACGAAAAAUCUGUCUGAUGCAUGCAAACCACUGAAGAAGCGAAAUCGAGCCUCUGCGGCAGCGUCUUCAGCUCUUGGGUUUAGCAAAAGUUCAUCUCCUUCUGCAUCCUUAACUGAGAAUGAGGUGUCGGACAGUCCGGGAGACGAGCCCUCAGAGUCCCCGUAUGAAAGUGCGGACGAAACACAGACAGAGGCGUCCGUCUCAUCUAAAAAGUCUGAACGCGGAGUGGCCGCCAAGAAGGAGUACGUGUGUCAGCUGUGCGAGAAGACGGGCAGCCUGCUGCUGUGCGAAGGCCCCUGCUGUGGCGCAUUCCACCUGGCCUGCCUCGGGCUCUCCAGGAGACCAGAAGGGAGGUUCACCUGCAGCGAGUGUGCCUCAGGGGUUCACUCGUGCUUCGUGUGCAAGGAGAGCCAGAUGGAUGUCAAGCGCUGCGUCGUGACCCAGUGUGGGAAGUUCUACCAUGAAGCUUGCGUGAGAAAGUACCCUCUCACGGUGUUUGAGAGCCGGGGCUUUCGCUGCCCUCUACACAGCUGUGUGAGCUGCCACGCUUCCCACCCGUCCGGUCCAAGGCCCUCGAAAGGUAAAAUGAUGCGAUGUGUGCGCUGCCCCGUCGCCUAUCACGGAGGGGACGCCUGCCUGGCAGCAGGCUGCGCGGUGAUCGCCUCCCACAGCAUCAUCUGCACGGGCCACUUCACUGCUCGGAAGGGGAAGAGGCACCACGCCCACGUCAACGUGAGCUGGUGCUUCGUGUGCUCCAAAGGCGGCAGCCUCCUGUGCUGUGAGUCCUGCCCGGCCGCCUUCCACCCCGACUGCCUGAACAUCGACAUGCCCGAUGGCAGCUGGUUCUGCAAUGACUGCAGGGCGGGGAAGAGGCUGCACUUCCAGGACAUCAUCUGGGUUAAGCUGGGGAACUACAGAUGGUGGCCGGCAGAAGUUUGCCAUCCCAAAAAUGUUCCCCCAAAUAUUCAGAAAAUGAAGCACGAGAUUGGAGAAUUCCCUGUGUUUUUCUUUGGGUCUAAAGAUUAUUACUGGACGCAUCAGGCGCGAGUAUUCCCGUACAUGGAGGGGGACCGGGGCAGCCGCUACCAGGGGGUCAGAGGGAUUGGAAGAGUCUUCAAAAACGCUCUGCAGGAAGCUGAGGCUCGUUUCCGGGAAGUCAAACUUCAGAGGGAGGCCCGAGAAACACAAGAGAGCGAGCGCAAGCCCCCACCCUACAAGCACAUCAAGGUGAAUAAGCCUUAUGGGAAAGUGCAGAUCUAUACGGCUGAUAUUUCUGAAAUCCCCAAGUGCAACUGUAAGCCUACGGAUGAGAACCCCUGUGGCCUGGAUUCCGAGUGCCUGAACAGGAUGUUGAUGUUCGAGUGCCACCCGCAGGUGUGCCCCGCGGGCGAGCACUGCCAGAACCAGUGCUUCACCAAACGCCAGUACCCAGAGACCAAAAUCAUCAAGACAGAUGGCAAAGGCUGGGGCCUGGUGGCCAAGAGGGACAUCAGAAAGGGAGAGUUUGUUAACGAGUACGUUGGUGAGCUGAUUGACGAAGAGGAGUGUAUGGCAAGGAUCAAACACGCGCACGAGAACGACAUCACUCACUUCUACAUGCUCACUAUAGACAAGGAUCGCAUCAUCGACGCUGGCCCCAAGGGGAACUACUCGCGCUUUAUGAACCACAGCUGCCAGCCCAACUGUGAGACCCUCAAGUGGACGGUGAAUGGCGACACUCGCGUAGGCCUGUUUGCUGUGUGCGACAUUCCUGCAGGGACGGAGCUCACCUUCAACUACAACCUCGACUGCCUGGGCAACGAGAAGACCGUCUGUCGGUGCGGGGCCUCCAACUGCAGUGGCUUCCUGGGGGACAGACCGAAGACGUCAGUGCCCCUGUCUGCGGACGAGAAGGGCAAAAAGGCCAAGAAGAAAAGCCGGAGGCGCCGAGCCAGGGGGGACGGCCGGCGGCAGUCAGAGGACGAGUGCUUCCGCUGCGGCGACGGCGGCCAGCUGGUGCUGUGUGACCGCAAGCUGUGCACGAAAGCCUACCACCUGUCCUGCCUGGGCCUGGGCAAGCGGCCCUUCGGGAAGUGGGAGUGCCCCUGGCAUCACUGUGACGUGUGCGGCAAGCCUUCCACGUCGUUCUGCCACCUGUGCCCCAACUCCUUCUGUAAGGAACACCAGGACGGGGCCGUGUUCAGCUCCACCCAGGACGGGCAGGCCUACUGCUGCGAGCACGACCUGGGGGCUGAGGCGCCGGCGUCCUUCCCGGAGCCAGCCAAGUGCAAGGGGAAGAGGCGGCGGCGGCGGUGCUGGCGCAGGGUCACGGAAGGCAAGUAGCGCCAGGCGGCCGCUUGGCCAAAUCCAGGCAGCGCGGGGCCGCCGGCCCUGCCUGCGAGGAGAGGGGGCCUGUGGCGCUGGCCCCGAGGCCCAUGCCCGGAGCCGCAGGGACAGACAUCGGCCUCCCUCCACUGAGCCAUCCCGCGCAGCGCUGCUGCGUCCGCACUGACGACCGUCCGAGCCGCCGGCCCUCGGCGCCACAGCGACACUUGAAUCUCCGCCAGCGCCAGGGUCCCUCCGCUGUCUUUUAGGUUAAAGUUGUGAUUGAGUUAAUUGGCAUAUGAAAUGUUCUUAUCUCACCUGAAGUGUAUAGAGUAGUCUUUCCUCCCGAAGGGUCACUGUUAACUCGCUAACGCCGCCCGGUCCCGCUCACGGUCACCACUCGGGGGACGCCAGCUCACCUGGGCUCCUGGAAGCCACGCUUGUGACCGGUGUCUGCUCUUCUGGACCAGGUGUGUCUGGUUUUGUGUACUAAUGUGAAUUUCUCCUCAGCGUGCUUUCCCGUGCUGGUGAGACGCUGGCCCCUCGGUGUGGCGGCGCCAGAGUUCCUCCCUGUGCCUCCGCGGGGGCUCCCCACCGGCCUGGCUCCUGGGCGCGUUCAUGCUCUCACCACCGCCGGGGACCUUGGUCUGUUUCUUUCAUUUGGCUUUUCUUUACCCAUUUCUGGCCUUUGUUCUCAAUAUAUUUUUGCUAAACUUUUCACAAGUCGCCACCGACUGAAAUGUGUAUUUACUGAUGCGGCCCAGGGUCCCCGGCCGGGACGGGCUCUGCAGGGCCUGACGGCUGCCCGGGGACCCAGGCCAGGUCGGGGUUUAGAAUUGCCGGCUACGGCACCUUCCCCUGCGGUCCCCAGACUGUAGUAAGGCUGCACCCCACACGGAACUUCCCGAGGCUCCUCUAGGAGCUGGCCAGGGCCGAGCACCCGGAGGAAGCGGGGAGGCCGGGCCUGUCUCCCACGCAUUCCAGAGGAAAGUUUACACAACUUGGAAACCACCAGGGUCCCCUGGACUCUGGUUCUGGCAGGGCCGAGCACCGCCCUGGCCCCCGGGAGCGGGAGGCGGUUUUGCCAGCCAGAGGCUGUCCCUGUGGUCCACAGCAAGUAACUGAAGUGCGGACGCAGUCGGCCUCCUGGGCGCCGGCGGGUGGCGCCCCCUUGGGGCCUGCCUCCUCUGUCUCCAAACUCGUGCUCCCACUAAGCUCCCAGGUUGUUCAGUGCUGGGCAGGGUGAGCCAGUGCCGUCACUUGUCUGAGACCCCUUCCUGCCGGCCGAGGGCUCCCAUCUAAGAACACCGGGAGCGGGCCUGCAGUGCACUCUGGGAGCACAGUUAACUUAUUCUUGUGUUCGAUGGUGGUGAAAUUCUAGGACCGUGCAGUCACUUUGGAACUUUCAAAUUUUAUCUUCCUGAAAGAUGUACUUAAACAGGGCUCCCGUCUCCAAAGACUGUUAAACCAACCAGCACGUAACACUAACUUUAGAAAACCGGUUUACAGAUCUGGGCACGCAGCUGGCCGUGCACACGGCAGGGCCCUGACCCUGCCCAGUUCUGUUCUGAGGAUUCAGUAUGUUCUGAACACCAGCUUCAAUCCCUGGCCACGAACGGGGACCUGGACCGGAAGCUGCCCGUGUGUGUUGGGACCCCUGGCCUCAGGAGCCAGCAGGAGCCGCACCGGGACGCAGGCCCACACAGGGUCAGGCAGCAGCUCCACGCCCACAGGCCUGGCAGUGGAGAGGCCGGGCUCUGCCCCUGCGGCGUCUGCUCGGUCUCCGGC